AUGACGUUCCCAUGGCUGUAUCAGCUACGGAUAAUUAUACAUCAAUAUCUCGAACUCCUCAAGGAUGUGAGCAUCACGGUCCUCCUGGACGCUGCAUGCGCGCUGGAUGACGGUGUAGCCCCAAGACUCAGACGCAUAAGCUCGGUCUACCCCGUGUCCUGCCCCGUCGCGGUCUUAGCAGGAGCAGAUCGGCUCUUCAACCUUCCUGUUGAGUGGUUCCCGUCCACAUGCAGCUGCGCUACGGGCGUGAUAUGGCCCCGUUUAGACCCACUGUGGAUGUUUAUCACGGUUCCACCACUCAAGCCAAAGGAGUCGGCAUGA